AUGGAGUCUGAUCAAUUAUACGAGGCAUGGGAUAGAUUUAAGGAGAUGCUCAGAAAAUGUCCUCAACAUGGCAUAGAGGAUUGGUUUCAGGUUCAAUCAUUCUAUAAUGGGCUCAAUGGUCCAGCAAGACCACAUAUUGAUGCCGCAUCGGGCGAAACAAUUUUAUCAAAGACACUAGCGGAGGCAUUAAUUCUGUUUGAGGAUAUGGCCAUGAGUAGUUGUCAAUGGCAGAGUGAGAGAUCGACGGUUAAGAAGGCAGCUGGGGUUUUUGAAGGUCUCACUGAAAAUAAAGUAGCGUCAUGUCAAGAAAUAGCAAAUGUGGCACAAGCUUCUAGUUCGAAUAGGUUGGUGGAUGAACAAUGUCAAUAUGUGAACCGAAACUACAACUUUAGGCUCAAUAAUAACUUGCCUACUUAUUACCAUCCUGGCCUCCAAAAUCAUGAAAAAAUUUCAUAUGCCAACAACAAGAACAUUCUUCAACCACCCAAAGAGCCAACUAGAAAAAUGGGGGAGAAGCCAUCACAAUCACUUGAAGAGUUACUAAAGACUUACAUAGUGGACUCCAAGACAAGGAUAGAUCAACAUGAUACCCAUCUCAAUAAUAUUGAAACACAUUGUACGAGUAUGGGAACAACGAUGAAGACAUUGGAAACACAAGUGGGUAAAUUGGCCAAUACUUUGAAGAAUCAAUUGUCUAGAUCUUUUCCUAAUGACACAAAGAAGAGUCUAAAAGAGUACAAUGCCAUUAAUUUGAGGAGUGGAAAAUAA